UUUUGAACUUUUUUGAAAUUUUAAUUAUUUUAAAUUGUGGAUCUUUUUAAAAAAAAUUUUAUUAAAUUUUGAAUUGUUUUAAAAGUUUGAUUUUUUGAUUUUUUUAUAAUUUUAUUAUUAAUUUUAAAAUUAAAUUUUUCCUUGAUAUUUAAAAAAAACAUAAAAAAAAUAAAAAAUUGACAUUCCUGACAAAAUUCCCACAAAGAUCGAGCUCACAUAGAACAUCGUUUCACAUUAAAUACAUAUGUGUGCCUCACUCAAAGAGAGAUUUCAUGCCAUAUUAAAUAUUAAAUUUUUUAUCGGCAUUUCUGUGUUGUUUAACAAUUAUUUUGUCGCUGGAAGUGUAAGAGAAUAGUACAAUGGGGUCUGACAGCAGCAAAGCUAGUAAAAAUAAUGCGAAUGUUGCAGUUGCACAAGAUGCUCUAAAAUUUGGACCUUCUAUAGGAAGCUCUAGAAGCUCGCAAUAUUCCCUAAACCGAGAUCAGCUUACUCAUCCAUCAACUCAAGUCAAACCUCAGCUACCACAGCUCCCACCACCAGUGUAUACCAAAACCGAUCCAUUGCAAGCCAGCUACAAUGUAAAUUUGCUCAAUAAAACCUCGCAAAACAUCCAACAAACAACUGCAAUUGCUUCAAAGACCGGUUCUCAAAUAUCCACUGAGAGAAACUCCGAUUUAAAAAAUAAACAAACAAGUGCAAGCGAAUCUGGCAACGUCGCAAAUAUAAAUAAACCGGCGAAUCAACAGCAAACAACUUCGGAUCAUCAAAAGCUUCAAAACAUAAACAAGAGUAUAGUUGCGAGUACAGGUCAAUCACCUAUAUAUGAUCCAACAGCUAAUCGUUUUGUUUGGACAAAUGACUCUGGUAAGUCAACUAUUGACUUUGAACAGGAGUCACAAAAAGUUAAGAAAGACGUGCUAAGUGGAAAUGAUGCUGCAUUGGCAAUCAGCAAGGCACUCAAUAAGAAUGUAUCACUUUCCGAAGUUAGGAAGCUGUUGAUUAAUAAUGAGUAUAUGUCGGAUGUUAAAUUUAUCCUCAAUUCAAUUGUAUUUCAUGGACACAAGUUGUUCUUGGUAACAGCAAGUCCACUGUUUUAUCAGCACUUUCAAGUUAGUGGAUUAAAGGAAAUGAGAGUUGAGGGAAUCGAGGAAAGCAUUUUCCUUGCAAUGUUGUCAUUUUGUUACACUGGAAUCCUUCAUAAAUUAACAGAUGACAAUAUUUUGAGUACUUUACUUGCUGCUGACAAGCUGAAGAUAUCCCAAGCCUAUACAACAUGUUGUGGCUUCAUCACUAAUAAAAUCAAUCCAGAUGGAGUCUUUGUGGUCUUUGAAAAAGCCAUUGAUUUAGAAAAUGAGCAGUUCCAAAAGAAAUGUCUCGACUACAUUAAGAAGAAUGAAACUAAAUGUUUCAGUUCCAAAGGAUUCUUUAAUAUUGGCUUGGCAUCUUUAGUGACGAUGUUGGAAAUGUGCGAUUAUCCAACUGAGAAGUUGAAUGAAGUUGUUGAAAAGUGGAAUCUUGGACCAGCCAUUGAGGAAGUUAAACCUUCAAAUAUUCCAGCAGGACCACAAAAUAAAGGUGCAAAAAAGAAAGGAAAUCCACCACAACAAGUGCAAAAGAAUCAACAGCCAAAUGCACAGCAGCAGCGAAAGCCUAAAAAUCAACAUCAACAGCAACAGCAAAGAGGUCAACAUAAUACACAACAACAAAGAAAUCAACCCCCUUUGCUUCCAUUCCCACAACAGAACAUGAUGAAUUUCCCACAUCAACAAUUCCAACAUCAAAAUUCCCUACAAUUUCAACUUCAAAAUAUGCAGCAACUACAGAAUCAAAACAUGCAUCAUGUCCAACAACAAAUCAUACAACAGAGAAAUUUACAGCAACAGCCAGCAAAAAAUCCGAAACAAAAUGAAGCUCAAAAGUCUAAAAACAGGCAGCAGCAACAAAAUAAAAAGCCUGGACCUGGUAAUCAACAGAUUCCGAAUCUAAUUGAUCUUGACAUUCCACCACCGCCAUUUGCUGAAGGCUUUCAUAGAAAUUUAACCGUUUUUCCCUCAUCAGGAUCAUUUAUGCGACGUGCUGAUUCGAUUAGUAAUUUAUCGGAUGAUUUGAUGAGCUUUAAAGGUGACGAUGAUGAUACAAAUGAUGCUGGACUGGUCUGUGUUGAUGAUGAUGAAGGUGGCAAAAUCAAAAUUGUCAUAAAAGGCAUAGAAAGUGUUGGAACUACGGAAUUCGCGAGAAUUGACUUUGUGGCUAAACGUUCAUUUUUGCUACAGGAAGUCUGGUUCAACGAGAACAUGAUUCAAAAUUCCAACGAAAUUCGCAUCUCAAUUGCUGUAUUUGAGAAUGAACAGCGUUCGGAUAUCCAUUCACGGUCUAUCAAAAGAGUAUCAAUCAACAGAUGUAACUUUAUUAAGUUCACACGUCAACCGUUGAAAAUUUUUGUUGGACAGAAGUUCUUCAUCAAGGUGAAUUUUUCUGAGCAAGCUUCACGAAAGCACCUUGAUCCGCAAAAUCUUUCAUCGACCGACUUUUUGGAACUACGUAGAGACGAUGAAGUUCGAAAGUAUUUCAACUGCAUCAACAAACUUGUUGUUUCUGAAAUGGCUUAAUUGUCACAUUCCGUCAAAUCUUUUGAUCCUGUCUCGUGUUGCAAAAACACUUGCUACGUCACUGGAAGAUAGGAAUAACGGUGAAGCAUAGGAGUCAAUUUCCCUAUAAAAAAAAUUCAUUUUACAAAAGUUCAAGCUUUGAUAAUAAUCAGUAUCAUGCUCAGCAUUUAAAAGAAGAAGAAUUGACUUUUGGCUGAACAUGGUUCUGUUUUGACAAUUUAACAAAUAUAAAUAUGAAUUUAUGAAAAAUGUUAUUAUCAAAUGUUCAGAAUUUGAUUGAUCCUCAAUAUCCCCCCCUUCCCUCCCCCUCUUAAUAAUAUCUGAACCUCCUAAAUAUGUUAAACUUUAUUCCAAAAUAUAUAAUCAAAAAUAAAGCAUUUUAAAUAAAAAUUUCUUAUUUCUUUUCAAAUUCCAAAAUUUUCAAAUAAAUAAAAUAAGUUCAACUUAU